AUGCCACCUAGAAAGUUCUUUGUCAGAGAACGUCCAACUAUUUCAACUAAAGAUUUAGUUGAUGAAGACGAUGACAACGAUAAUGAGGAAUUGAUUGAAGAUGAGGGACUUGAUGAAAAUCACGGUGGUGAUCCAAGUCCUAAUGAGAAUGAUGGCAAUGCAGAUGUUGAUGAUAUGAAUCACAAUGAGAAUAAUGACACCGAAUCUGAUGAAGAAGGGCUUAAUGAGAAUUUGGUUGUAGUUCUUAAUGACUUAAUUGAGGAACCAAGUGAGCAAGUUCCAGCGAACCUUUAUGAUCCUAGAGUUUGGGAUAGUCUGAAUGAUAAACGGAGAGAUCUGUUAGCUAAAAAGCCUAUGAUAACUCAGCUAGAAAAUGAAGGAUAUAAUGAUUGGUCACAUGUGGGUGUGUGGCUUAAUGAACAUGAAGUUAGUAAGAUGCAUAUUCAUAACAUGGCUACUUGGAUUGAGUUGCACCUUAGAUUGGAUAAGGGUCAGACAAUUGACAAAUCUUUCCAAGAUCAUAUCAUGAAAGAGAAGGAGCAUUGGAGAAAACUGUUACGAAGGUUGAUUUCAAUUGUGAAAUAUCUUGCUAAAUACAAUUUGUCUUUUCAGGGCAAAAAUCAGAGAAUUGAUAAAGAAAACAAUGAAAAUUUUAUGGGAUUAGUUCAGAUGGUGGCACAGCAUGAUAAAGUGAUGGAGGAACAUAUUCGUCGCAUUCAGAAUAAAUAG